AUGCAGGAAGAACCCGGAGAUCAGGGCACAGACUCCUGGCUAAGCGGCGGCUAUUGGAGAACAAAGCUGCCAUGGCGUCAGAAGGCAGCAUCCAAGCCUGCACAAUCCUUGGCCGACAACUCGUCUAUACCCUUCUAUUCAAGCUUAAGCGCUGGCCCUUCCGAAGCUCCGCCACCAUAUGAAGACCUCCGAGAGCAACCAACAUCGCUUGUGGAGAAGGAUGGAAAGACACCCAGAGACAAUACAGAUCAAAAAGCUAAACACGAUCUGGAGAGCGGAACCCACUCACGCUUCAAUGCACCCGCCAACCAGACAGGAAAGCUACCAGCGCUGCGGAAAAUUGGGCGCGGAGGCUCUGAUGAGACGUUAGCAUCUCUGGACAAAUCUUGGCGAUAUCAUCGACAAGAGUUCGGUUCCACGGACACCAAGACUGUUGCCCGUCUCUUUGACUUGUGCCGAUGCUGGAACACUUUGGGUAUGCUUCGUGAUGCUGUGGAGACAGAAGCACCGCAGGGCUUAUCUUGGACGAUCAAAGCCCGUAACACCGAAUUCUUCGAUUUCCUCUUGCAACGGCAAGUCGAUGUUGAUCGACCGGACGAGGAAGGCAAAACUCCAUUGUUUCAUGCUUCAACGUUAGGCAAGGCUUUCAUUGUAAGAAGAUUGCUUGACGCUGGAGCCAAUGUACAUUGCACCGCGGGUAGUGUUACCCCUCUCCACGUUUCAGCCGAGAAGAACUAUACCUCAAUUGUAGACUAUCUCCUGGAAGCCGGCGCAAAUGUCAAUGCGCUGAACUCGAAGGGUAAUACCGCGCUAUACUGGGCCAGUAACAAUGGGAAUCUAGAAAUGGUUAGGAAACUUUUGGGCAAAGGCGGUCAAGCAAAUCAUACCGCUCCGUCAACCAUCUCUCCGCUUCACGUUGCCGCAGCUCGAGCAAACCCCAGCUUGGGCGAAAAAUUUGCGCUACACUUUGCUGCCGGAAAAGGAUCACGAAGCCUUGUUACUCUGCUUCUGGAUGCCGGAGUUGGAGUAAACACGACGAGCGCUAAGGGUCAUACGGCUCUUCACAUAGCCGCAGCCUUGGGGAACGAAGACCUCGUCGACAGACUGCUGGCGAGAUCAGCCUCCGUCAAUUUGAAGUCGCUGUCUGGUUUCACGGCCUUGCACGACGCCUCAUUGGCGGGCCACAUCGUUGUGGUUAAACAGCUUUUAUACGCGGGUGCUAACAUUGUAUUUACCACCUACACUGGUUAUACCGCUCUGCACUUUGCCGCGGAGAAAGGCUCUCUCGACGUAGUGCAGCGACUCAUGGAGGCCGGGUCGGAUGUCAAUGCCCAGUCAAUCAGAAAGUGGACCCCGCUGCUGUAUGCGUGCAGUGAAAAGCAUUUAGCUGUUAUCGAAUUUCUUCUCGACCACGAUGCUAACCCUAAUCUGUUCGAUUAUUAA